GAAACGUAGGAUGCAGUGCUACCGACAUUCAUUAAAAUAUCGAAUGACAAAAUAAUAAAAAAAAAAGUAGCUUGUUUGUUUUUCCAUAGUGUUUGUCGAUAGGAGGAGCCAUGAACGCCUCUCCAGGUCAUUAAACUUCGAGUGUCUAUCAUCGGACAUGACAUCAAACUCACUCCGAGGGUGUUUUCCGCAUUCAGGGUCGGACUGAACCGCAGCGACGACGCAGAUACGAAGGGUCUUCAUUUCCUCCGGAGCACAACAGUGACUCAUAGCAGGACAGAAAGCCGCUUAAUGGGAACACCUGAGCUGAGAGCAGCGCGUUCGCAACAGGAGAGGACGCUCCAUCACCGCUUCACAGUGUCACGGACCGCAGACUGCUGCACGUACUUCACUGUCCAUGCUUCAGCUUAGAAAACCUUCAGUUACGAUUCACAGGAGAUACAUUUCAUGGUAAUUUAACUCUCUAACCAGCGUCCAGGACGAUGAACGGUUAGUCUUUUUGAAGGUGCAGCAUUUUGAUGUUGACGGUGAAAUAGCCAAAGUUUCUCUACCAAAGAACUGGAGAGAUCCAGGCGAAUCAACAUGGCAGUGUUCAAACCUGAAAAUGUGGAAGACUUCUAUGAGAUUGGAGAAAUUCUCGGAAGUGGGCACUUUGGUCAGGUCCGUCUGGUCUGUGAGCGGUCUUCGCGGACAAAUUACGCAGGCAAGUUCGUGAAGAUAAGGAAGAGCGCGUGCAGCCGUUUAGGACAGGACAGAGGCAGCCUGGAGAGGGAGGUCGAGAUCCUGCACCUGCUGCAACAUCCGAAUAUUAUCUUCCUCAAAGAUGUUUUUGAGUGCCGAGCCGAACUGGUGCUCAUUCUGGAGUUUGUAAGUGGAGGGGAGCUGUUUGACUUCAUUGCCGAGAAGGAGGUGCUACUGGAGAGUGAAGCGAUUACAUUUAUGAAACAGAUCCUGGAGGGACUGAGAUUCAUGCACGGCAAAAACAUUGCUCAUUUUGACCUCAAGCCAGAAAACAUUAUGUUGUCAGACAAAUCGGCACCAAACCCCACCAUCAAACUCAUCGACUUCGGCCUGGCCCAUCGUUUUCUUCCAGAUGAGGAAUACAAAUGCUCCAGUGGAACACCACAGUACCUUGCCCCCGAGGUGAUCAACUCUGAACCUUUGACCACAGCGGCCGACAUGUGGAGCAUCGGCGUUAUCACUUAUAUACUAAUAAGUGGUUUGUCGCCAUUCCAGGGUGACAACGAUGAUGAGACUCUGUUGAACGUCCUGGCCACCAAAUAUGAAUUUUAUGAUCAGUAUUUCAGCAACACCAGCUCCAUGGCAAAAGGUUUCAUCGACAGACUUUUGGUCAAAGAUUCCAAUGAAAGGAUGACAGCUGAAGACUGUCUGCAUCAUCCCUGGAUUAAGCCCAUCACACGUAAACAGAUGGCCAGACGGAAUCGAUCUUCGAUCAAUAUGAAGAGCUUCAAGAGGUUCAACGCCAGAAGGAAGUGGAAGAUGUCCUAUAACAUGGUGCGAAUGUGUAACCGCCUGUUCCAGGCGUGCAAAGGCAGAUCCGAUUCCGAUUCACUACAGAGACAGUGUGAAAGUGAUGUCGAGGACACGGAGACAAAGCCAGCCUCUCUCUUGCGGCGAAGGCUAAGCAGCAGUUCAUAGAGCGGCGUGAGGUGAGAGACUGGUCAGGACUCCUUUACACGUUCAGAAGGUUCAAGUGGACAGACUGGGAUGAUGCCCAAAGGGGAUUAUCGGUAAAUUUUUGUGUUGGUCAACUUAUAAAUUUGAAAGAUUUUUAAAACCUUUUAAUGCUGUGUGAAGUGAUCAACCUGAUGCUAGGUCAGAGGUUCCCAAAAUGGGGGGUGGGGAAGGGUCAAGUGCCAAUGCAGGGGGGGCGUGGAGGGAAAGAAGAAAUGAGACGUACCGCAGCAUAUUGUCCAAUGUUGUAAAUGUAAACCAAGAGACAAAAAAAAGGCGGUGUAAAAAUAAUAUCUGAUAAUAAUAUCAGAUUACACACAAAAGCUCGCUUCUGCCAACUGACAAAAGUUAAUUUUAUGCUAUCAUUGCUAACAAGUUAGCAAGUUUAAAUUUGUGAACUUAACGAUUCUGAAAACAAAAUAUUUGUGUGGAGUCCUCCUGGGGCGGGUGAAAAUGUUCUCAUGAACCAAAGGGAGACCCAGCAGAGAACAUUUGGGAACCACUACACUAGGUUUGUUUCUUUUGUUUAAAUAUAAACACUGCCAGGACUCGGUGUCGGCAGUGAGGCUCAUCUGAUGAGUAUUUUUUUUUUUGCAGGGGAAAAAAAAAAACUUUAGAAAAUAAACCUAUGGGAUGUGUGGACCUUGUUACUGAGACUAUUUUAUAACAAUUUGCACAGAAACAACAAUAACUUUAUUUCUUGAGAAGGCCAGGAGAGAAUAUCUGACGUCCAAGUCUUCCAUUUGUAUGACAUUAUUGUUUGUGUUCAACAUCUGCCAAAUACAAACACUUGUAAUAGGUUAUAUUACAUUUAGUGUAUGCAUGUAACGUGUGUCAGUUUAACUGUUAGUCAAACUUUAUGCAAAAUAAUUUCUUUUUUUAAAAUAGGAAACCUGUGUCCUACUUUUUAAUUUUCACAAUUGUGUCUCUUAAGUGUGAAUAUUGUCUUCAAAUAUUGUAACGAUGAGUGACUUUGAUACUGUAAUCCAAGGGUCCCCAAUUCCUGGGCCGCGGACCGGCGCCGGUCCGUGGGUCAAUUGUUUCCGGGCCGCACAGAAAGAAUGCAUAACUUACAUUAUUUCCGUUUAAUUUAUUAACAAAAAAAGUCAACAAACAAACAAACUUCUUCAGAGGGGUUUUUAAGGGAGCCAAUGAGGAGAUAGAAGAAGAGAAUAUGUCUUCAAAGAAAAUAUAAUACUGUUAAAUUUGUACUUUUAGAUUCAUCACGAUUAAUUGCUUAUGAUUACUCAUAAUUAGUCUAGGUAAAUUGUGAUUCCUAAAUAUGACAAAAACCUUUUGUGCUAAUCCAAAUUGUGGAAUUAUUCAUAUGAAGACAAUUAUAUAUUAUUAUAAAUUAUACAAUUGUACCUCAAAUCCGACCAAAAAUAUUUAAUAACUAAGUACUUUAUUUUCUUAGUGUUGGCGGAUUUUAGUCAUUGCGGUACAUCUUGCCGUUGACUUUCAGAACGUGCUGAGAGUUGCUUUCGAAAGUUCGGUGAAUGUCGUCCGUCAGCUAGUCAGUCGUAAACUUAUUUACCACUCUACGUUUGAUGAGGCUAGUCUGAUGUGUCUGACCAGAAGUUGGGUUGGUUUUGGUGUAUGGGGGCGGGGGCCCACUUGAAAAUCUUGCUUAGGGCUCUCAUUUGGCUAGGUGCGGCCCCUGGUGUGCGUUAUUCUGCCCGUGUAUACAAAUGCGUCAUAAAUGUACACAAAUGAUUGAUCUUGAAUUAUUGAUGUUUGCACAAAAACGCUGACCUCUAGUGUCUAACAGAUGCUGCAUUUGUACACCGGCUGUACUUGAUAACGUUAAAAAAA